AGCAGAGUUUACUCUUCGGAUUGAAAUCUAUUCUCAUUUACUUUUUGUUUCACUUUUUUUGUUUUAACCAAAAGUCUUAGCAAUUAAAUUUCAAGUUUAAUUCGGAAAACAUUUGAUCAACUAAUAAAAUUUAAAAGCGCAUGUGUCGGGAUGCGCUUCAGGUGUUGUUUCCUGUUAACAUCCACACUUGUUUAUUGUUGCUCUUGUUGAGAGUCUUUGCUCUUUGUUUGGUUUUACUUUUCAAUUGGAUUUACCAUCUUUUUCGGUUCUUGUUCAACUUUCAACAGAAUUUCUGAUGCAACCUUAUACACAAUCAUCACCUUCUUAUCCAAAGACAAUGGACUCGGCAACUCGAAUUGUGCGUCUUUGUCGGAUUGGCAAGUCAUCCCUUGGUUUCUCAAUUAGAGGAGGUUGGGAACAUGGAACAGGUGUUUACAUAUCGGAAGUACAUCCAGGAUCAGAAGCUUUCCGUGAAGGAUUAAAACCCGGUGAUCAAAUACUUAGAGUAAAUGGUUUCAUCAUUGAGCAAGCAAUUCACGAGGAAGUAAUUGCACUUAUAAAAUCAUCUUCACGGAUUACAUUGAAAGUUAAAUCAGUGGGAAUGAUUCCAAUUAAAUCAAAUCGUUCAGAAACUCUCUCAUGGAAGCUGAUUGAUAGUUCAAAGAUGUCACCAAGCAAAACACCAGCAACAACCACAACCAUUCACGUUAAUGGAAACAAUUUAAAGACAAUCAACAACAACAUGAAUAAUAAUAAUAAAAGUAGUUCCAAUAGCAGUGUUGUGAGCAGUUUAAACAGUGAUAGUAACAGUAAUAGCAGUGAUGGAAGUAACACUAAUGGUCAUCACCAUCAUCAUCAACACUUACACCGAACCCAUCAUCAUUCCCAUCAUCCUGGUCCACCACCACCACCACCACCAUGUCCAGUUCACUCAGUUUGGUCAACUUUCUCUUCUAAAAGUUCUUCCUCCAAUCGAUCUUCCCUUUCCUCUAGUCAAUCAUCUGAGGAUCAAUCCUCUUGUCCAGACAAGGAUUUAUUCACCUCGUACGGAAUGACUCACGGUGACUACAUGGAAGCCCGUGUCUUCAUCCGUAUAGCUCCAGGUCAAGGGUUGGGCUGUUCAGUGGUUAAAGGUCCAUCCAAUUAUCCGGGUAUUUUUGUACAAACAAUCAAAGAAGGUGGAAUUGCUCAAGAGUCUGGACUUGAAGUUGGUGAUCAGAUAAUCGCUAUGAAUGGACUGUCCAUGGAACCAGGAGAUAUUGAAUUCAAUGAAGCCAUAGCAAGAAUAAAGUCAACCUCUCAAAUGACCUUAACAGUCCGUAAAAAGUCAGGUCUUUCACUGUUCCAACAGCAUCACAACCAUCAUAGUAAUAGUGAACAACCAAAUGGAAAUUAUUCCCAUUCUAAUCAGCAUCAUGCUCGUCAUUCACACCAUCCAUAUCAUCACACCAAUGGCAACUCGAAACAGCGAGUUAAAGCAAUUGUCCACUCACCGCCAAUAUCAACCACAACCAAUGGAAGUGGCAUCUCAAAGGCUGCAGCUGCUGCGGCUGUAGCUGCUGCUGCUGAGGAAAUUUAUCAUUCACCGCUUUUAAAUAAAACCUCAUCUGAAUCGUCAUCUUCACCCUUCAAUGGUUCAUCAAGAUUUUACCCUCCUUCUGAACAUGAUUAUUCCAUGUCUGAAGUUGAAUCCAAUGGAAAUUAUGUCAUGAGAAUUCCCAUUGGACAUGAAAAUUCUGGCAAAGAGACCAUCAAUAGUGUUGAUCGAUCAAGCCCAGGUCGGUCUGAUGUUUCUGCAGCUACAGCCAAAAUUUAUGACAAGGUUCGUCGAGAAGAGGAAAGGUUAGCUGAAGAGAGGAAAAAACUGGAAUCUGAGCAAAAAAGGUUACAAGCCGAACUGGAAAAGCUGGAAAAGGAAAGGAAACAACUGGAAAAUAUGAAACCUCAGGAUGAUUCAAAAAGUAUAUCCAGUUCAAGCACAAUCUCAGGAAGUGGAAAUCCUUCAAUAAGCUCAAGUGGAAGCACUUCACAAUUGGGAUUUUUGGAUGAAAUUAAAAAGCUUGCUGAAAAGCGGCUCAAUGAGAAUGGAUUGAUUACCGAUACAUUGAAUAAAACACGGAAUCUGGAAAAAAUGAUGACCAAAGGACCUAAAACGUUAAUUUCAGGUCAAGACGAUGAGAAUCGCAAGCGACAUGAAUUGCUCAUGGAAGAGUUCAGAGCUGCUCAUUCAAAGAUGUUUGGCUCAGGAGAGAGGAAACUUCGUGAUAUCAAAAAUAUUGCAUCAAAUUGUGAAGAAAAGAUGAACAACAAUAAUAAUAUCAAUAAUUGUAACACUAUUAAUCAACAGCAAAAUGGUACACAAAUUAAUAGUCAAACCAAUGGUGAUCCAAGUCAAAAGCAACAAUCAAACGGGUUACCAAAUGGACAGCCAAAGGGACAGUUAAAUGGACAAGAAAUGUUGAAUCAAAAUAACGUGGUGAUCAUUAAUAACAACAUUAACAAUAAUAAGCUAAUCGAAAGUCCAGUUGUCACAAUUAAAUCGAUUCCUCCGCCAAUCCAGCAAACAAUAACCAACAGUAAUGGUGAAACUGUAACCAUUUUAAGGACUACAAGUCCAUGUAAAAAGUUAAUUCCUCCACCAAUUCCUGUUAAAAAAUCAACGAGUAGUCCUAUUGUUACAAUUACCAGUUAUGAAUCCUGUAAAAAAUAGCUCAAUCCAAGAGGGCAAAGAAGAGCGAUAAAUGUUUUGCUCCAAUUGUCUGCCGAUAAUCUUAUAUAAUUAUUAAUUAUUUAUCAAAUCGAAUAUAAAAAUUGUAUGUAAAAAUAAUUGUUGAAAUAAUAGUUAUAUAUUAUAUACAGCCAUAAAAAUGGAUAUCUUUUGUUAACCUUCAAUCAAUGAUUGAUAAUUUAAAAUCAAUUUGAGACCGCAUCGAUGAGUCUCUGGAUUUGAACACUGAAAACGCUCAAAAAGGCACGGAUGAUCAACAAUUAGGCUUAAAAUAAUCGGCCAUUGAUUAACUUGGAUACCAAACAAUAGAUAAAUGAUAGGAUUCACCUAAUUUUGAUGGCUGUUGUUAACAUUUAACCAGAAAAAAAAUGUUAAGUCUUUUCAAAUGUAAAGUAAAUGUUUGAUGACAAUUUUUGCCCAUUUUGGUACUAUUUACAAAA